AUGACCGUCGUGGUGCCUCUGACGCCGGUGCAGCCAAUCGUGCCGCCGCUGCAGCCACUACUGCCAAAUCUCUCCAAGCGCAACGUGGCGGUUCCUCGACGAUCCGUGCCACGUGCCGUCGUCUUGGUGCAGCAGCCUACGCAUCCGAUUUUGUGCUACUUUGAGGAUCUCGAUGUGGAGCAGAAAUUCCAGACAUAUUUUCGACGCGAAUGGCAAAUCUACAUCGUCGGGUAUAUGGUUAUUGUUCUACUAGCGUUCGCGGGGUGGACAUAUGCGUCUUCAAAUGCAGCGACAUUAGCUAUCACGGAAGCCUACGCUGCUUCGAUCUUUGAAAUUGUCGACUCCAAAAAAGAGUUACUCACGACAAAAAGCUUCUCUCACGUGCUCUGGCUGAGUGACAAGGCUUUCGCAGCAAUCGCUACAACUCUAUAUGUGCUAGCGGCGAUCUGUAUAUAUCAUAUUUGGCGACGACGAGGCGAGUACCGCUUUCCAAGCGUGAGACUAGACCCCGUGCAGCUUGUUCUGCUGUUCUUUUUCCACUGUAUUAUCGCUCCAUUGUUCUUGGUAGUCUUUGCUGGAAUCGAGAAACAGGCUCGCUUGGCGGAGCAGCUCUCUGUGGUAGAUAUCGACGAUGUAAGGCUUACGUCCGUACUGCUUGGUGAGGGUUUUUUGGAUGGCUUGCUCUUUCUCGAGUUAUUUGGAGCCUGUGUGUGCACGUGUUUACUGCGACUACAGUUUACGUACUGCAUCAUUGUGGUGACUGAGCUCUCAUUGAUUGCGAUCGUGGCGACAGGAGUUCACGAAACAACAAGCGUGGUGCUCAACAGAAGAAUAGCAAUCCUGGCAGGAUUUCUGUUCUUAUUGGGCUUCCUGCUUCGUAUUGUACGAGAACAGGAGCGCAGUACACGACGUGAAUUCCUUACUUCUUUCCACCUCGUAACAGAAGCACGUCGUCUUAGUAGCGCCAACCUUGAAAUGAAAGAAGAACUCUCUGGUAAGUUAAACUAUGAGCUACACUACGAAAUGGGCGACAUCCUACGGAUUCUGUGUCAAAUCAAGGUCAAGAUGAGCGCCACCGAGAAGCUAGAUAUCGACAAGAUUAUCACGGCACUGGUUCGGAAUCAUGACCUCUUCGAAGUCACGCUCAGCUCGACAAUGCCUGAAUUUGAAGAAGAAGUUCAAGGCUGGCUACACAUGAUGGACUUUAAGGAUCACCCAGCACAAUCAGGAGACGAUCUUGGAUCCGCGACUAAACCAGGCAGUGAUGGUCGUCGCUCUCGUCAUUAUUCCUUGUCUAACGAUAUCCUCCGCGUAUCGACCUCUCGGCGUUUAAGUACUAAAAAAGCCACAAUCGAAAACUAUCCUGCUAACGAUGAUGGUCUAAACCACUUGUUACGCAGCUACAGUAAUCGAGAUGAAGCUUUUGGAGCAGCGAUCCGACCGCGAGAGGAAGAUCUCUCUAACUGGCUCAUGGAUCGACUUCAAAACCAUUUCUUCGUCGACAUCUUCUACCUCGAGCAACACUGUCUUGCACCGCUUCAAGCAGUGUUUGUAGCAUGUGUGAAGACCAAUGGCUUGAUCGAACGACUCGACCUGGACGAGAAGAAGCUCGUAUGUUUUGCAGCUGCAGUGGAAGAGCGAUAUAUGAACCGAAAUCCGUACCACAAUCGAGUACAUGCUGCCGCGGUUGUCGCCGAUAUCAACUUUUACCUGCGGCGUGUACAUUUAAAUGUCGAUGAUAGUACACUGCUAGUUGGACUUGUAGCCGCAGCAUCGCACGAUAUUUCGCAUCCAGGAGUGUCAAACGGAUUCCUCAUUGCCACGAAAUCCAACUUGGCCAUCACAUAUAGCGAUGACUCGGUCCUGGAACGCAUGCACAUUGCGGAACUGUACCGCAUCUUGUCCCAUGAUGCAUUCGAUGUCUUUAGUAACAUGGAAGCAGCGGAGCGAGCCGAAUGUCGUAAGAUCAUCAUUGGUAUGAUCCUAGCAACAGAUCUAGCACGACAUUUCCAGCGCAUAUCAGUGCUCAAGACCAAGACGUUUGCAAUGCCAGAACAGGCACAGGGACUCGAACUCUCGCUGUUGAUGGAGACGAUGUUAAUGCUUGCAGAUCUUGGGCACACAGCAAAACCGUUCGGAUACCACGAAACGUGGGCCGAGCGAAUAUCCGAGGAAUUCUUUCGGCAGGGUGAAACCGAGGAGCGCAACCAUUUGCCGAUAUCACCGCUGUGUGAUCGCAAACAAGCCAAUUUACCUCGCAGCCAGGUUACAUUCCUCACGUUGGUGGCCACACCGUUGUUUGAGACAGCCGGCCAAGUCUUCUCUAUCGACGAAUACGACACUGUAAUCUCCGAGUUGCGCAACAAUAUUGCUAUGUGGAAAGGCCGUAUUGAACACGCCGAGGGCACUGUUCUUGAGACGCUGUCAACAGAUUCACACAAGAGCAAGACGCUGAAAGAGAAUGCUUCUUAG